ACAUACAAUCAAAGCUUCUAACAUGGAAACACUUAAGAAACCUCUCGUUGUAACUCUUUUUGUGAUUCUGGUCAUGAGCAAUGUGUCUCUGGCAAGAACAGAUAAGAGUGAUAAUGAGAAGAUUACUUACAUAGUACAUGUUGCAAGAUCUCAAAUGCCAACAAGCUUUGAUCACCAUUUGACAUGGUAUGAAUCAAUUCUUAAGUCGGUAUCUAAGUCAGCUGAAAUGUUAUACACCUAUAACAAUGCACUUAAUGGAUUCUCGACAACUUUGACUGCUGAAGAACUUCAGUCAUUAAAGAGCCAACCUGGGAUUCUUAAGGUGACACCAGAUAAAAAGUAUAAACUUCUGACAACUCGAACACCGGAGUUCCUUGGGCUCGAUAAAAUUGCUAGUACGUUCCCCACAACAAACAAAAGUAGUGAUGUAGUUGUGGGAGUCCUUGACACUGGUGUAUGGCCUGAAAGUAAGAGCUUUGAUGAUACCGGAUACGGGCCAAUCCCCCGCAGUUGGAAAGGGAAAUGUGAAACAAGUACCAAUUUCACGACCUCAAACUGUAAUAAAAAAUUGAUCGGUGCAAGGUUCUAUACAAAGGGAUUUGAGGCAUCGAUGGGUUCGAUGAAUGAAAUCAACGAGGCUAGAUCGCCUCGAGACGAUGAUGGCCAUGGAACCCACACGGCGAGCACAGCUGUAGGAUCUCCUGUGGAAAAUGCAAAUCUUUUUGGCUAUGCCAAUGGGACUGCACGUGGGAUGGCUGCUAGUGCUCGAGUUGCUGCCUAUAAGGUUUGUUACAAAGAAGCAUGUAGUGUUUCUGAUAUAUUGGCUGCAAUAGAUCAGGCCAUUACAGACAAUGUCAAUGUUCUUUCCUUGUCUCUUGGUGGUCAAUCAAUUGAUUACUUUGAGGACAAUCUUGCAAUUGGAGCCUUUGCAGCAAUGGAGCAUGGGAUUCUAGUUUCAUGUGCUGCAGGAAAUUCAGGUCCUAGGCCUUCAAGUGUCACAAAUGUAGCACCUUGGAUUACCACUGUGGGUGCUGGCACACUUGAUCGAGAUUUUCCUGCAUAUGUCAAUCUCGGAAAUGGAAAAAAAUAUCCAGGUGUAUCCCUUUAUAAUGGCAGUUCUUUGCCCAAAACUCUUGUGCCAUUCAUAUAUGCAGGAAAUGUAAGCAAAGAUGAAGAAGGUCUUGGAUUAUGUCUUCCAGGUAGCUUGGAUCCAAAAAAGGUUUCUGGAAAGAUUGUGUUGUGUGAUCGUGGAGGGAUUUCUAGGACCGAGAAAGGAAAUGUAGUAAAAUCUGCUGGUGGUUUGGGUAUGGUGUUAGCCAAUACCGAUGGAGAACAACCGGUGGCAGAUGCCCACAUUUUGCCAGCAACAGCCGUUGGAUUCAAAGAUGGUGAAGCUAUCAAGAAAUACUUAUUUUCUGAUCCAAAAUCAACGGGAACAAUUGUGUUCCAGGGAACAAAGGUCGGGGUUGAGCCGUCACCUGUUGUUGCAGAGUUCAGCUCACGAGGCCCCAAUUCAUUAACCCCACAAAUAUUGAAGCCUGAUUUAAUUGCGCCUGGUGUUAACAUCUUAGCAGCAUAUACAAGGAAUGCGAGUCCCACAAGUUUAGAUUCCGAUCCAAGGCGCGUUGAUUUCAACAUUAUCUCAGGAACGUCCAUGUCAUGCCCUCAUGUAAGUGGAUUAGCAGCUUUGGUCAAGUCAGUUCAUCCAGAAUGGAGCCCGGCUGCCAUUCGGUCUGCAUUGAUGACAACAGCUUAUACAGCUUACAAGAACAAACAAACAUUAUUGGACGGUGCUAGCAAAAAUCCAGGAACACCAUUUGAUUUUGGUGCUGGACACGUCGACCCUGUUUCCGCACUAAAUCCUGGACUUGUCUACGAUUUGACAGCGGAUGACUAUUUGAGCUUUCUCUGUGCAUUAAACUACUCAGCUGCUGAUAUCGAAAUUGUGGCGAGGAGAAAGUACACAUGCGACCCAGAUAAACAAUAUAGUGUAACAGACCUUAAUUACCCUUCCUUUGCUGUGGUCUUUGAGGGAGGGCAUGGUGCAGAGGAGAUUAAACAUACGCGGACUCUUACCAAUGUGGGUGCGGCAGGGACAUACAAGGUAUCAAUUAAGUCAGAUGCACCAUCCGUCAAGAUCUCGGUUGAACCAAACGUGUUAAGUUUUAAGGCAAAUGAGAAAAAAUUAUACACAAUUACAUUUAGGACAUCUGGUUCGAAACCAAGUAGCUCUCAAAGUUUUGGAAGUUUGGAAUGGUCUGACGGAAAAACUGUUGUUAGAAGUCCUAUAGCAUUUAGUUGGAAAUGA